AUGCUUCAAAGAACACUUAUUACAUCUCUCUUAUCAUCCAAUAUUUGUCUCAACUCUGAGAUCACAGUAGACAAAGACACUACAACUAUAACUGAUAUAAACGAUAUUUCUAAUAUCAAAAGCAAUCAAGUUACGAGUACACUAAUUAUAAAUGAUGACACAUCUUCCCAAUGGCCACAGACAGCUUCUACCAGCUAUUUCAAGUUCAAAAAACUUGUGAUUAAUUGCAAAUCAUUAAGCGAAUUCACGGCUCUUAAGGUUAAUGAUCCAUCAGGCACUCUUACUGAUUAUUACUUUGAAUAUCUUGAACAAGUAACCCUUCCGGAUAAUAUUCAUACUAUAAGAGGUGAAGCUUUUAAAAAUUCUCCAAUCAAGACUAUUAAUCUAGAGAAUAUUACAACACUUUCAGUCAAUGCAUUUACCAAUUGCCAUUAUUUAGAAAAAUUAACAAUUGCUGCUACCCAAAUUCCAUUGGCCUUUGCUCAGAAUUGUCCAAUGCUCACGGAAGUUAUAUUAACAAACGAAAAUGUUGAUAUGCAAUCAAUGGCUUUCAUGUAUUGCUCAUCGCUUUCAAAAAUUGACUUUACAAAAAUCUCCUCAAUCGGUGAAUCAGCCUUUUCUUACACAGGUUUUACAUCAAUCGAGUUCCCAUCCCUCGUGAUAGGUCAAUCUGCAUUUGCAUACACACCGUUAAACAAAGUCACAUUCAGUGCUGAUGUUACCAUCAAUGGUAAUGCUUUUGAGGGUACAAAGAUUCAAUCUGUUUCAAUAGCAAUUACUUCAUCUAACCCAACACUUUCCUUUGCUAAUUGCUUUAUGCUCCAAGAUGCAACUAUCACUUCAGAAGGAGAUUUCACAAUUCCAAGUGGUUGUUUCUCUGGUUGCCAUGCAUUAAAGAAUGUAAAUUGUGAGAAUGCUACUUCUGUCAGUGACAAUGCUUUCUAUGAUUGCAUUAAUUUAACAACAAUCAACGGAAAGAAAAUUACAUCAUAUGGUAAAAGUGCACUUGAAAACUGUGAAAAUCUUGUGAUAACAAUUAACUCAUCAUCGACCUCAUUUUCAUCAAGAUCAUUUGUUAAUUGCAGAAAGCUUGUGUUAACAGAAUUAACAGAUCACAAGGCAGAUUAUGCAUUUCUUGGCUGCACAAGUAUCACAAAACUCCAACUAGAGGAAUCAGUUUCAACCUACAUGUUUGCAGCAUGCACCUCAUUAGAAUCAAUUGAGAUUGGUGAAGGGUGCGAUGAAAUUAAGGAAAAUGCAUUUGCAAAUUGUACAAAACUUAGUUCUAUUAAGUUCAACCAUCCUGAAACUGUAUCAAUUGCCACAGAUGCAUUUGCAAAUACCUUAUCUCUCGUCAAUCUCGACUUAGAAAAUGUUUCAGUUACUGGUUAUCCAUUCAGAAAUUCUGGUCUUCAAACUGUUUCAAUCGGCGCAAAUGUUAUAACAGUCACAUUUAAUCAACGAACUGAUGAGUAUGAGCCACAAUUUAUCUUUAAUCAAUGCGAUAAUAUCGAGAAAGUCACUAUUAAAAAGAAUGUGGAAUUCUUUAUUCCACAAAGUUUCCUAUUUCUUGAUAAAGCAACCAUUGAAUUCGAGGGAAACAAUCCAAACCUUACAAACAAGAAUGGAAUAAUAUAUGAUAAUGAUGGAAAAAUUAUUUUUGUUACACCAGACUGUGAAGAAACAUCAUUAACAUUUUCAAAAGAAAGCGAUACUAUAGAUGAUGGUGCAUUAUAUUACAACAAAAAUAUUAAAGAGAUUAAAAUAUCUAAGUUCAUGACGGGCGUUUCAUUCCAAUUUGCAAAACAUAUUAAAGAAGUUACUAUAAAUUAUGAUAAUUAUUCAAACCCAACUUCAAUUCCUGCAUUAUGCUUUGCAGGAUGCAUAAGUUUGAAGAAAUUAACAAUCGAAAACGCUGUUGAAUCAAUAGGAAAUCAAGCUUUUAUGUUUUGCAAAUCAUUGACUGAUGUAACUCUACUAGAAAGAAUGAUAUUUGGGGAGCAAGCAUUUUCUUUUUGCACUUCAUUAAAAUCAAUUAAAAUACCAUUGUUUAGUGAAGAUGCAGACAGUUUAUUUAUGGGAUGCAUAUCAUUGAAAGAAGUCGAAUUCCAUCCAUUCCAAUCCACCAUUUCAGAUCGUAUGUUUAUGAUGACAGGAUUCAAGAAAUUCACUGUUCCCGGUUCAAUUAAUUCAAUUGGUGAUGGUGCUUUCGGAUUUUGCCAAAAAUUAUCAAAAUUUGAGCUUAGUAAAGAAAGUUAUGAAUUUAUGGAACUUGAUAGCAGUAUUGGAGAUUGGUUCAGCAGUGAUGCAGAUGAGAAUAUAGAUUUAUCAAAUUUGGAUUCUCAAGUUCUCUUUUACUUUUCACAUCUAGAUAUUGAUCCAAAUGAUUUCAAUGCUAAAGUCAAUACUAAUUUCACUUUUGUUAUAUCUUCAACAGUAUCUGCUAUCAGAGCAAAUACAUUCUCUAAAUUUGCUUACGUCGACGUUGAAAUUGAUAAAGAGAAUAUAUUUUUCAAAGUUGACGGAAAUUGCAUCAUAAAUAAACUUACUAAUGAAUUGGUUGCAACAUUUGGUGUAUUGGAUAGAUCAUUCAAAAUUUCAAGUGAUGUCGAAUUCAUAAGAACAGAAAUUUAUCCAGGAAAAGCACAUGUAUUUAAAGAUGCCAAUGAUAAAACAUUCGAUAAUGAUAUUCAAGCUAGACAGCUCAAGAUUCCAAGCAGCGUCAAAGAAAUUUCGCAGAACAUUAAUUCCAUUGAAGACAUAAGAUCAAUUUGCUAUGACGGAAAGUAUUUUAAUGGCGAUGUUAGUGGAAAUACUCCGGCUUAUGUCUCUAAGAAGUAUAUUUAUCCAACUUUCUUGGAUAAUGUUAGAAACACAAAGUGCCAAUCAAACUAUCUUGAUAAAGACAAAGCAAGACACCGGAUCGGAAUGACAGGUCCAGAAAUCGGACUCACAGUAGGUCUUGUUAUUGUCACAGUCCUUCUAGUAAUAGCAAUAAUUCUUUACAUCCUGCUUCCAUUUUCGAAACUCGUUCUCAAGGCUGCCGCAGCAGCAGCUGCUCCAUAA